GUUGGAUCCUCUACUCUCACAGUGUGCACAGCAAGUACAAGAGUCACAGCCAGAUUCCAAAAAUAGAAUAAAAAACAACCAAAAGAAAUUAAGAUUUUUGGGCGAUUAAAUUUAAAUUAAACUCAAUUUACGUGGGAUUAAUCAGCAAUGAAGGAUGGCGACGGCUUUCCAACAACGACUGCGGCCAGCAGCGGGAAGAAGGAGAGCUCGGAUUCGGGUCUAAUACUCGGGAAAGGCAGGUACAAGUUCUGGGCUUUGGCCGCGAUUUUGUUGCUCGCGUUCUGGUCCAUGUUCACCGGCACCGUCACGCUCCGGUGGUCCGCCGGCAACCUCAACCGCCUCUCCGACGACCUCGACUCCCGUAUUCACGACGAUCUCGACGUUCUUGAAAUGGAAGAGAGGGAGAAGGUGGUGAAGCACAUGUGGGAUGUGUACACUAAUAGCCGUCGGAUCAGAUUACCGAGGUUCUGGCAGGAAGCUUUUGAGGCUGCCUAUGAGGAGUUGACAAGUGACGUCCCUGGUGUUCGAGAGGAAGCCAUAACCGAGAUCGCUAAGAUGUCCGUCCGCUCUGUGGAUCUCGAUCCGCCUCCGGUGCAAUCUGCAAGCGCACGAGAAUUUAGUAAGACUUUGAAGCAAGCAGAGAGAGGUAGAGAACUGGUGACUUCUACAGGCAGUGGUCGAUGAUGUCUAGAUUAAUGUUGAGGACCAUCGUUCAAGUCUCCGUUAUCCUACAUUUACGACUGUGUGCUGCCCAGAGUCCGUUGAGUGGUAGUGAUGCGCACGGCCACACUCGGUUCUUGAUAUGUUUUUCAUAGGGCAAAACUAUAUAUUUGAUUAGGUUCUUAAAUGUUCCAGUUUUGGAUAUCAGAGUCUUGCCAUGUGUGUGGUGUUAGAGUAGAUGAGUUCAGAGUGCAGGAAUUUUGCUGUUGAUAUUCUCUUGUUUUUAUUUUUAUAACUUCAAUUAUUCAAGUGAGAGGAAUUUCUGAAGCAUAUUUUUCAUGUAAACUUAAAAAUGUUAGCAUGACUCCUUCAACAUGUUGCUUUGACAGAAUUGAUUGAAUUACAGUGGGACCCAAAGUUUGAUACUU